GUCACCCACCCACCCAUAAGUUAGUCGCAGAAGGCGUCGAGAAUGGAUGUGGUACUCCCUACACACGCCCCGGUGCUGAGCCUCACACUAGCCUCCUUCCCCCUCCUACUGCGCCCUGUUCUGGCGUCGAUAGUUCAGUGAGGCUAGUUGCAGCCGGCGGCACGACCCAGCAACCCAGCGACCAGCGUGCGAACCUGGCGCCUCGCCUAACCCAGCCCCCAACUCAGCAAAGUGAGGCCCAAGCGGCCACGCUCCCAAGGCCACGCGACCAGAGACACCAGUGAUGGCGCCUGUGGGGGGUCUUCGGGGUGUGUUGGCCAUCUCCAGAACCCCCAUCUCGCCCCUGGGAGUCAUCUAUCCGCCUUUAUGCACAUAUUAAAAGGUGAGGGUGUACGGAGUACAAGUACGGGCUGGGAUCGAGGAGCGGACAGGACGACCACUUCCAACGGGACACCAGACCAGACCAUCUACCCAGCAUAUGCCACUGUUCCCGAUCUCUACAUAUCUUAUCUUGAUUUCCACGUGUCCAUCUAUUCAAUCCCCCGAUAAUCCUCAGGCGCAACUACAAACAAGCAACACCCUAUAGCGAUCCAACCGGAACAGUCCAACCCUCUCUCCCUGCCCUGCCCUGCACUGCAGGAGGCCUCACGCCCACGCCCACGCAGAUGCUCACACUCAUACGAGUACUCAUGCACCGCUGAGCCAAGCCGCGCCGCGCCGUACCAAUCCCAAAAGACAAAGAAGAAGGAAUGGAUCAAGUCAGCCUGGUCAAGUACAACAUCAGCGCGUCCGCGCUGGUGACGUACCUGGACGGCCUCUUCGGACGAAACAAAUACCGCUGGAAACCGAUCAAGGUCGGCGCGAGCACCAUGUACGAAGUCACCGCGGCGAGGAAGUUGUCGGUCACGGAGCACGGGGAGAUCAAGCAGCGCUCGGGGGUCACGCUUGUGGAUGCUUGGUAGAGAGACAGAACGAGGAAUCUCUGGGGCGCUGGGAAAGCGGGAGGGGUUUGGGAGGAUUUGUACCUACUACUACUACUGCACUAUUGUGAACGAGGAGGGGGAGGGGCGCUUUUGCAUACCUGGGCGGGCGGGAUAAUGGGAAUGGAACUUGAUUCAUGGUAAGGGUAAAGGAGAAGGAGGGAUGGUUCCUGCGCCUCGAGGGAAUCUACAUAGCUACAGGAUAACCAAUUCUCGACUCUCCGGAUCUCGG